UUUGCCCUAGGAGAUGUAUUGGUAAACAUAUUGCUACAAGAGAUGUCUGAGAUUUUGCUGCCUAUGGUUUCUUCUAAGAUUUUUAUGAUUUAAUGACUUACAUUUAAGUGUUUUAUCCAUUUUGAGUUUAUCCUUGUGUAUGGUGUACGUUGGUGGUCUGGUUUCAUUUUUUUAUUUGUUCCUGUCCAAUUUUCCCAGCACCAUUUAUUGAAGAGACUUCCUUUACUCCAUUGUAUACUCUUACCUCUUUUGUCAAAUAUUAAUUGAGCAUAAUGGCUUGGCUCAAUUUCUGGGUUCUCUGUUCUGUUCCAUUGAUCUGUGUGUCUGUUCUUGUGCCAGAACCAGGCUGUUUUGAGUACAGUGGCUUUGUAGUAUAACUUGAUAUCUUGUCUUGUGAUUCCUCCAACUUUGUUCUUCUUUCUCAAGAUUGCUGUGGCUAUUUCGGGAUCUUUUUUGGUUCCAUAUAAAUUUUUGGAGAGUUUGUUCUAAUUUGUGAAAUGACAAUAGAUGAUUUUAAAGGUAAAUACUGACCUUUGUCAAGGAAUCUACAGGCUUAGGAUGGGACUACCCUCCAUGACCCGCAUUUAGUUAGGAAUUUUUACAUAGAGACUACCUGGUCCUGCCUCUUGUUCUGUUGUAUUUCUCUGCUUCUGGGCCUGAUCCCUCUGCCAAAAUCAUGCUCCAUCAGAUCCUUGGUCAGACCAAGAAGUAUCCAAGCUUGAUCCUCCACUUUGUAUUUAUUGGAGACGAAAGUACUGGGGCAGCGCUGUGUAUCUUGCACCUGGCAUUGUUCAAUCCAGAUGUCUGUUGGGACAGAAAGAAUAACCCAGAAUCCUGGAACAAGCUGGGUCCCAAUGAUCAAUACAAGUUAUACUCAAUGAAUUUUGGUUACAGCAAACUGAAGAGAGAAGGUCCAGACUUCUUAAUGAAAUGUUUCACUGAACAGCUGCUUAGAAUGAAGGUCUUCCAGAGGCCAUCUGCACCAUUGUCCACUUAACGGGGAACUAUUUCCCCUCCAAAUGCUCGAAGACAUGUUGGAGUAUCGU